AAUAAUGAGGGCCAGGUGAAGCCACGGCAGCCUCAUUUAUGGCAGCGGGGAAGAAUUUAGGCAACUGUAGGCCGAGGGCGAGCUGUAUGGGCAAGCAUCACUCCAGUAACCAAGGGUAACGGAGGGCUGUUACUGUGGUCGGGGCACAGGCCAGCCGUCAGAGGUUGGGGAGGGCAGUGAGGGCAAGGCACGUGGUGGCCCGAGAUGUCUCAGGCGGGCAGAAUCCAGGCUCCAAGGGCCCAGGGCUGGGCCCAGAGACAGCGUGCCCUGAGCCCUUGGGCAGCUGGAGCCCAGGCCGGGACAGAGGGAGAUAGCUGCCCGCCGCGGGUGUGGUCCCUGGUUGCUGGCCCAGCCUGGGAAUCUAUUUCCUCAUCCGCCUCCCUCCCUCCUCCCUCCAUCCUCAUGGACUGGCUCCCAUCCUCACGGGUCUGUGCUCCCUACGAGCCUUCAGCUUUCCCUGUGAGGUGCAGAGCAGCAGACAAGGUCAUGGUCAGCCCAGCAUCGGGUUGACGGUCCUCCCGGCUUGGAGCCUCCAAGGGUCCGCAGACCCGCCAGGUGCCGGAUUCCUCCUGCCUCCUGCCAGUGCCUGGAGGGCAGGGCCUCAGUCCUCGGCAGCACCAGGCAUAGCAGGAGGCCUGGGAUAGGAACCUCACCAGGGUUACCGUGGAAAUUGGCCCCCAAGCUGACGCUGGCCAGAGGUUCCUCCCCUAACCCGCAGAGGAGGGACGAAGCCCAGGGGCGUUUGCUCUGCUGCCUUCAUUCACCCCAGGCUCUGGGGUCCCCAAGCCCUGGAGCGGAGUGGCGCCCACACCUGCUGCAAGUCCCUGCUCCCGGCCCUGGGGAGACUCAGCACACGGGAGGGACAGUGCUGUCCCCUUUCCUGGAACUUGCAUCCUGGGGUGGAAGAAAGUUGACACAGAAGAAGGAAUGUAGGAGCAACGGUCCAGCGACUUGGACUGUUCCACGGGGAUGUGGCAUUGUGCGAGACAGAGGGGUGGCAACCUUCUGGGAAGGGACAUUUGAGCGGAGAGUGGAAUUUGAGAAGGACCCAGCCACACGGACGGACGGAGAUGUGGGCGAGGGCGUUCGGUGGCGGGGGACGUCAGAGCAGAGGCCCCAGUGGGCACUGGCUUAGCGUGUUCAAGGAACAUAACGGGGGCCAGUGUGUCUGGGGCAAGUGGGUGACAGAGCCAGGCAGGGAAUGAGGUGGGAGGAGCGGGCAGGGGUCCUGACGGCCUGGAAAACAGGGACAAGGAGACAGAGGCCGGACUGUGUUCUAAACACAGUGUGGAGCCUCUGGCGAGAGGGGCCCUGGAUUUAGCUCUGAAAUGAACGAAGCAGCAUCUCUCCCUCCUUGACCCCAAACGAGAUCAGAGACAGCAGCCAGGGGUGGGCAUUGGGAAGGCCGAGGGGCUGCGUGUACACCCUGAGGCCUUGCCGAAGGAGAGGGGCCACCUCGCUGUCCGAGUGGGUCAGAGGGGGGCCUUUGGGGGCCCGCGCCUGCUCUGGGGUGUCAGGACACAGAGGGGGUAUCCACGGGUGCCCGCCGGCACUGCACUCGGAUCUGUGGGGGUCUGUUCUGGACCAGCUGUUCAGCCAUUUGGAUGUCACCUCUGAUGUACCUGAUUAUUGGGCAAAUAGGAAGGAAGGGGGGAAGGGAAAUCAGGCUGCUCUUCUGAGAAGAGAGAUUCACGGAGGAGGGAGGGGAGAGAGUUUGGACGGAUGGAUCGAUGGAUCGAUGGAUGGUUAAAUGAUUGGAUGUUUGGAUGGAUGGAUGGGUGGCUAGGCGGUUAGAUGGAUGGACAGAUAGGCAGGUGGGAAGAUGGGUGGCUGGCUAGCUGGAUGGAUGGAUGGAUGGAAAGGAGGGAGGGAAGGUGGAACGGAGGAUGGUAUAUAUGAGCAGAUGGUGGGGCUCACAGACUAAUGAGUCCCACUGGCCGCUGGUGGUUAGCUGUGCUGGGGGAGGAGAAAGGCAGCCAGUGACCUCUGUGCCCUCCCCACCCUGCCCUGGUAGAGCCGGGGUGCAUGGCCAGAUGGGGGAGCUGAGAUGUGUGGGCAGGAGCCCCUCUCCCUGCCCCAAGUUUGCAAGACUCAACCCCUAAGAGACCUGCAGCUCCAGGUGAGGAAGGCCUACCUGUGUCAUCCCUCAUCACGCGUCCUGGGGCCUCCAUGGCAGGAGCGGGUCUGACUCACCUUGGCUGCCAGCCAGGUGCUUGGAAGAGCUCAGCUACAUGAGGAGGACGGCGGUGGACGUCCUCUCAGGUGCUGGCUCCCUGGCCUGAGACACGCCUGGGGAGUCAGUGAGCGAGCUCUGAGACUCUGCAAGCAGGGGCUGGGCUUCCAGACUCCCGCCCGCUCCUCCGCGCAGUGGGUUUGCUAGAAGCUAAGCUGAACUGGUGAGAGGGGGGGACUCGGGCCAGGAUUGAGAGUCAGCCUACCUGACUCAAGCACAGCCGUUGCCAAUUAACGACUGUUCGACCUGGGGCCCCAAACCCCAACCUCUCUGAAACCAGUUUCCCGCUCUGUGAAAUGGCAGAGGUGACAAGCUUAGCCAGGUGACACGGUAGUGAUUAGGAAGGGUGGGGCCCCUGGGCCCACUGCAGCCUUGGAGCCCCCCCCACUCUGGCCUCUGGGCAGGGAACACAGAGGAGUUUCCGGGGCUGCCGACGGAACCCUGGGCCACCCUGCCCACUCCUGAAGCCCUGCCCGGGUCCACUCGCCCACCUGUCACAGCAGGAAAGGCUCUGUGUUUCUGCUGCCCCGCCCAGGAAGGCCCAGGGCCAGGGGAGAAAGCGGGAACUUUGUCCUGGGCUUGGCAGGAGGCCACCGGCCCACCCGGGAGGCGGCAGGAGGCACCACUGGGCCUUUAGAAAUCGGUCACUGGGCCUUUACGCAGCAUGUCCUCAGGGAGUGGAAAGAACCCAGGAUUCCGAGCCGGAGUUCCUGCUCUGCCAACAUCGGCCAGGCCGUGACCACAAGGCUAGACCAUCAGCUCUUGGAGCCAUGAUUUUCUCAUCCAUAAAAUGGGCCGACGUCGGUGCCGUGCACUGGGAACUGCUUGCCCCAGCCCCACGCAGGGCGGGGCUGCAAGGGGGCAGGAGACAGAGGGAGCUGCCUCUUUCCUGAUGUGGGCAGACCGGGGCAGCGGCAGGGCUUGGGAGGGCGCGGCAGGCACCUGAAGGACUGGCCGCCGGGCUCCCCCGGGGGCCGCUGCUUCCUUUGGGACCGGACGCUGGUUUGGGCAGUGCUGUGGGGCAGGAAGUGAUGUCUUGGGCAGAGUGUGGGUUCGGGUGCACCUCACCGUAAGCGCGCCUGCACUGCCUCUCCGAGUUAAGGCACUUUGGGUGCAGGUAUCGGAAACCCAGCCGGGAGCUGAAGCCAGGGAGGGCAGGAGGCGGGGUCUCGAGGCGCCCUUAGGUGGGAUGGGCAGGCCAGGUUCAGGGACGGCCCCAGCCCCAUGCCAGCUCCCCCGAGGGCUCUGUGGCCGCCUGUCUGGCCCGCCUGCGUCCCCCUCUCUGGGCAGCCCUUGGCCCCCUCCCCUGGGUGCACCGGUCGCUGUCUUCCCACCACAGAGCUCCAUCCCCUAGCGGGGGAAGUCUGGUGGCCCGGCAUGGGUCAGGGGCCCACCUCAGCUCCACUUCACCGUGUCCAAGGUCCUACAGAGCUGACUUAGUGCCGGGCCUGGGGGGCAGGGGGUCCUGCCACAGCUGUGACAGCCAAGCUUCCAGCGGGGCCGGUCCGGGCCUGGCUUCUGCCAUGGGCCCUGGAAAGCCUGAGCUUGGCCGUGAAGCCUUCCCUGGGUGACCCGCAGGCCCCUCGGGCCCUCGUCCCAUUUCUGAGACGUACCCUGAGUGGGGACCUGACUAUAAGACACGGUGGCGCCGGCCACUAGGCCCUGGCUCUCUGGCGGGUCUCUGGUCCCCUUGCCAGGGCGGGUGGAGGAUGCCCCCUCCAGGCCCCAGGCUGCCCCAGCCUCAGCGUGAGGCGUGACCAGUACUCUCCCCUCCUUCCUUCCAGAAGCCCCCCAGUGCCCACGCCAUGAAGGAGGAGGCCUUUCUGCGACGACGCUUCUCACUGUGUCCGCCCUCCUCCACCCCUCAGAAAGUCGACCCCCGGAAACUCAGCCGCAACCUGCUCUUGGGUGGAGAGAAUGAGCUCGACUCUCUGGGUCCAGGGAAGGACAUGGAGCCCAACAGCCCAUCGCCGCCCAGAGAUGAAGGGCCCCCGACCCCAGGCUCUGCCACGAAGGUGCCACCGCAACCUGAGUCUCUCUUGCAGGCGGAAUACAGGCUGUGCAAUGGGUCCGACAGGGAAUGUGUAUCCCCGACAGCCAAGGUCACCAAGAAGGAAGCUCUCAAGGCACAGAAGGAGAGCUACCGCCAGGAGAAGAAGCGCGCCACCAAGCAGCUGCUCAGCGCCCUGACAGACCCCAGCGUCGUCAUCAUGGCCGACAGCCUGAAGGGCCCCAAAGGUGAGAGCGUGGGCUCCAUCACACAGCCCCUCCCCAGCAGCUACCUGAUCUUCAGGGCCGCCUCCGAGUCGGAUGGCCGCUGCUGGCUGGACGCCCUGGAGCUGGCACUGCGCUGCUCCAGCCUCCUGCGACUCAGCACAUGCAGGCAGGGCCGCGACGGGGAGCCCGGGUCCUCGCCAGAUGCAUCACCCUCCUCGCUCUGCGGGCUGCCCGCCUCGGCCGCCGUCCACGACCAGGACCUGUUCCCACUGAACGGGUCUUCCCUGGAGAACGACGCUUUCUCAGACAAGUCAGAGAGAGAGAACGCUGAGGACUCAGAUAAGGAGACCCAGGACCGCAGGCGGAAGGCCGAGAGCGGGGGCGAGCCGUCGGAGGCCCCGGGGCGCCCCGCGCGCAGAGGGACCACGUACGUGGUACAGGAACACGAGGACCUGGGGGAGCUGGGCGAGGCAUCGCAGGUAGAGACGGUGUCUGACGAGAACAAGAGUCUGAUGUGGGUCCUGCUGAAGCAGCUGCGGCCGGGCAUGGACCUGUCCCGCGUGGUGCUGCCCACCUUCGUCCUGGAGCCCCGCUCCUUCCUCAACAAGCUCUCCGACUACUACUACCACGCCGACCUGCUCUCCAGGGCCGCACUGGAGGAGGACGCCUACAGCCGGAUCAAGCUUGUGCUGCAGUGGUACCUGUCCGGCUUCUACAAGAAGCCCAAGGGGAUCAAGAAGCCCUACAACCCCAUUCUGGGGGAGACCUUCCGCUGCUGCUGGUUCCACCCCCAGAACCACAGCCACACCUUCUACAUAGCUGAGCAGGUGUCCCACCACCCCCCCGUGUCCGCCUUCCACGUCAGCAACCGAAAGGACGGCUUCUGCAUCAGCGGCAGUAUCACAGCCAAGUCCCGGUUCUACGGGAACUCACUGUCAGCUCUGCUGGAUGGCAAGGCCACCCUCACCUUCCUGAACCGGGUGGAGGAUUACACCCUUACCAUGCCCUACGCCCACUGCAAAGGCAUUCUCUACGGCACCAUGACCAUGGAGCUGGGCGGCAGAGUGACCGUCGAGUGUGAGAAGAACAACUUCCAGGCUGAGCUGGAAUUCAAGCUCAAGCCCUUCUUCGGGGGCAGCACGAGCAUCAACCAGAUCUCCGGGAAGAUCACAUCGGGCGAGGAGGUCCUGGCGCGGCUCACGGGACACUGGGACAGGGAAGUGUUCAUCAAGGAGGAGGGCAGAGGAGGCGCCGAGCUCUUCUGGAACCCGAGCGAGGAGGUCCGCGGGCAGCGGCUGAAGCGGCACACGGUGCCUUUGGAGGAGCAGACAGAGCUGGAGUCGGAGCGGCUCUGGCAGCACGUCACCAGGGCCAUCAGCGAGGGUGACCAGCACAAAGCCACACAGGAGAAGUUUGCCCUGGAGGAGGCACAGCGGCAUCAGGCCCGAGAGCGCCAGCAGAACCUGGUGCCCUGGACGCCGCAGCUGUUCCACCUGGACCCCACCACCCAGGAGUGGCGCUACCGAUAUGAGGACCACAGCCCCUGGGACCCCCUGAAGGACAUUGCCCAGUUUGAGCAAGACGGGGUCCUGCACACCCUGCAGCGGGAGACCAUGGCCCGCCAGACCACCUUCCUGGGCAGCCCGGGGCCCAGGCACCAGGGGUCUGGCCGCGACCGGCGGCUCCGCAAGGCCAGCGACCAGCCGUCUGGCCACAGCCAGGCCACCGAGAGCAGCGGCUCCACGCCCGAGUCCUGCCCAGAGCUCUCUGACGAGGAGGAGGACCGUGACUUCGCUCCCGGCUGCGAGAGCCCGUGCCCUCGGUGUGGGAAGGAAGCGUGGCGGCUGCAGUUGCUGCACGAGGGGAUCCUGUCCAUCCGGGAGGCCCAGCAGGAGCUACAUAGGCAUCUCUCGGCCGUGCUGAGCUCCACGGCACAGGCCAGGCAGGCACCAGCCCCAGGCCUCUUGCACAGUCCCCGCUCGUGGUUCCUGCUCUGCAUGUUCCUGGCGUGUCAGCUGCUCAUUAACUACAUCCUCAAAUAAGAGCCCUUCGGGGACGGCGUGGGCAUCGCCUGCAGAACUCGGGCAGCCCCAGCCUCCCUCCCAGGCACCUAGCACUUUAAGCCAGCCCCGUGGAGGCAGAGACCCAGCGAGCACGGCCUCUGUGGACAGAGGGGCCCAGGGCGGCACAACAGCAGGAGGAACCUGGGGGGCCACACGGGGUCCUCCCGGGGAGGCGCUGGCCUUAAUGCUGAAGCCAAAUGCCACAUUCGUCGUGCACUGCACCCCCUGGUGACCUCGUCCCAUCCUCCCUGGUCAGCCUCAGGGGAUUGAUGGCGGAGGGGCAGGAGAGCCUGCAGGUCUCUGGAUGUCGUUCCCCAGCAGGGGUGAGUGGGGGCGUUGAGGAGCAAGCCGGGACCCCAGGCCCUCCUUGGGCCUGACACACAGGCCAGCCCUUCCUGAGACCCUGCCCACAUUGCCCUGGAGGGGCCACGGGUGGGCUGCUUCGGAGAGGGCGCUUGGGGCUUUAUUCUGCCUUUGUGCUGUCUGGACAGAGCCCAGUUCCUAUACCUACAGGACCCGCCCCACCUCCCUCAGCCAGGACGUGCCAAGCUGGGGCGGGCACACGUGAGCACGGCGUGCCUGGGGACAGCGUCCCCGGCCCGGAGCCUGAGUUGGACACUUUGCUCAGACUGAUGCACGGUCUUCUCCUCCCACACGUUUUUAAUAAACGCAAUCGCAAUAUUUUAGGCAGGCUGCAAACAGCGCCUGGCGUCUGGCCUCCAUUCCUGUGUCAAAUGCCAGGGUGUGUGUGUGUGUGUGUGUGUGUGUGUGUGUGAGCAUCUGCACAUAUAGAUACACACGGAGCCUUAAACUAUGUUGUGACGGUGUCAUCUGAGCUGAUUGUCCAGUUUAUGUACCCAUGUUCUUAUCCUCCCCCAGUUUGGGGACAUGUCUUUGCUCCAUCCCUUGAAAUAAACAAGACACACAUA